UCAUGACUGCCACAUUUUUAUUCAAUGUCUUAUUCUAGUAGCUUUUGGUGCACUUCCAAAACCAAUCUGGAAGCCACUAACCGAACUCAGUCUAUUCUUUAAAGACUUGUGCUCAACAGUAUUGCGGGAUAAUCAUUUAAGGCAAAUGGAAGAAAAAAUUCCAUUAAUCUUGUGUAAAUUGCAACGAAUAUUUCCACCCGGUCUUUUUUAUUCAAUGGAGCACCUAAUUAUUCAUUUGCCUUUUGAAGCAAGGGUUUGUGGUCCUGUUCAAUACCGAUGGAUGUAUUCAUUUGAAAGGUUCCUAAACAAAAUAAAGAAGACUAUCAAAAACAAAUCUAGAGUUGAAGGAUCUAUUUGCCAAGCAUAUUUGGCUCAAGAAAUCUCAUACUUUGCUUCCCAUUAUUUUGAAUCUCAUGUCCUAUCUAGCAAUAAUAGAGUUGAUCGCAAUGAUGAUUUAAUCACAAAAAAUGCUACUCAACCAACUCUAUCAGUCUUUAAUCUUUCUGGACGAAGUUAUGGAAAGAAAAAGGGCAAUAUUCAGUGGCUAGAUGAUAAAGAAGUUGUUGCAGCACAAUUGCAUGUUCUUAUUAAUUGUGAUAAGGUUAAGCCUUUUCUCAAGUUUGAUCCUCACAAGAUAGUAAUUAAAGGCAUUGCUAGUUGCAUUCGUAGUAAAUUUGAAUAUGCUAAACCCUUAUGGAAGAAGUUUCUAGAAUCUACUCAUGAUAUGUGGUUUGAGGAAUUCAAGAUUGAAAUGUCUAGUUCUACUGCUGCAACAUCUAACACGUCCAAAAGGAGGGCAAGAAAAUCAAUAGCUUCAUCUCGAAGGGUAUGGACUCCAAAAGAGGAACUUACUCUUGUAGAUGGAUUAAAAGAAUUGUGUGUUAAUGGUUGGAGAGGAGAUAAUGGAACCUUUAGACAUGGAUAUUUAAUGGAAUUGGAACACUACAUGAAUUCUCAUCAUCCUAACUUUGGAUUGGAAUCUCUACCACAUGUUGAUUCUAAAAUAAGAGCAUGGAAAAAGAGUUAUGCAACCAUAUCAUUACUAAAAGGUCGAAGUGGUUUAGGAUUCCAAUAUAGUGAUGGAAUUAUCUUAGUUGAUGAUCCAAAAGCUUGGGAUGACUUGAUAAAGGUUGAUCCAAAUGCCAAGUCAAUGGACUUAAGAAAAUGCCAAUUAUUUGCUGACUGGAAAGAGAUAUUUGGCAAGGAUAGAGCUACUGGAGAGUUUGCCGAAGGGCAAGAAGAUACUGUUGAAGAAAUAGAAAGAAUUGAAGCUCAAGAAAUUACUAAUGGCAUGUCUGUGGGAUUUCCUAUUGUUGUUGUCGAAGUAGAUGAUCCUUCAGACACAAGAGAAGAUCAAACUGCUCAAGAGGAACCUAAUGUAUCAACUGGAGCAACACAAAGUCCAUUUACUGCUCAAGUUGAACCUAAUGAAUCAACUGGAGCAGCACAAAGUUCAUUUACAACUCAAAAAGGUGAAACCCACCAAUCUCAGAAACAAGGUAAUAAUUUUAAAGCAUCGUCUUCUAAAGUCAAUGAAAAAGGUAGAUGCAAAAAAAGAAGAACAGUUGAAGAUGAUAAUGAGACUGUUCUUAAAGGUUUGAUGGAGGUGAUGAAACAAUUCACUGAAAGUCAUGAUAAGAGAUUGACUUUUUUAAUUGACAAGCUAGGAAAGCGUAAUCUAUCUGAGAUUCGUGGUAAGAUAUUUUCUAUUAUUGGAUCCUCUACAUUUGAAAUAUACAACUCAGAUGAACGAGUCAAGGCAGCAAUGGGAAUUACUCAAGAUAUAAAGAGGAAGGAAUUCUUCUUAACCAUUAGUGAACUUGAAUGUCACAGUAUGAUAUGGAUGAUUAUUAAUGAUAAGCUUUAA